GGGCGGACGAUGAUGAAGCUGAUACGCAUAAGAGGGAGCUGGAGGCUCUCAAGGAGACCGAUCCAGAAUUCUAUAAAUUCCUUCAAGAGACGGAUCAAGACUUGUUGGAGUUUGGCCAGGGUGAAGAAGAGGAGGAGAAGGGCCCUAGAGCGAAGGAGAGGAAGCAACCGCAGGCUAAGGCUGACACUGGGGUGCUUACGAUGGAGCGGUUGAAUGAGCUGACGGAGGCAGCUGAGGGGAAGAAGGACGGCAAUAAGUCCCUGAAGGCCCUCCGAGCAGUCCUCUCAGCCUAUCGGGUGGCCAGUCGCAUGAGCAGGGGAGAGGCGAAGGAAGGGGCAGAGUCCGAGGAAGGAAACGACUCAGCUGCUCCUGGUAUUCGCAUUGAGGAUGCGACAGUGUUUAACGCCGUAUUGGAGUGGACUCUGAAAAAAGCCCCGGAGCUCCUGGAUUAUCAUGACAAGCAAGUUGCCAAGACCAAGGGGGCUGCUGCUGCUGCUGCCGGGGGCGGCGGUAAGACGUUUAUGCUGGGCCGUUUAUUCUGGAGUGAAAGUCUCAACUUAUUGCAGCAGCUUACUGACCUCGACACGCAGGAGUUUGUGCUGUGGCAACUGGGUAAUGGUAGUGCUUUGAAGUACCUCAUGCAGUUGAAGAAGUUGAAGCCGCUAGUAAUAAAUGAGCUCUGCAGGAAGUGGGCGAAGGGAGCUGCCCAGGGCACUAAGUUGGCGGCCUUCUCGGCGCUGUACAAUCUGGUGGGGCAAAUACUAAAGGGCGGUGUUUCCUCUAAGAAGGGUAUUGAAGGGGCUGGGCGGGAGGUUGAGGGCAUAAUGAGGCGGAU